AUGUCUCACAGCCCCAAUUUCCUCAGAGAGUUCCAUUUUUGGUAUGAAAUUACAAUAUUUAUCAUCAGCUGGGUGUUGGGUUGGAUGGUUUUACUCCUUAUCAUGUUCAAGACGCCCCGAAGCUUCCGUGGAUAUAGUCAUAUGAUAGCGUUGAAUACGGUGGUUGAUCUUAUUUAUUCACUAACGGAUUUGAUCACAAUGGAGGUAAGAUUGGAAAAAAUUAUUUUGAAAAUUUUGCUUGUGUUUUCCUGGCAAAUUUUGUUUCAAAAAAUGGAAGGCUUGAAACUCGCCAUUUUUGAGCGUCUCUCAAAAAUGGCGUGGGUUUUUGCCUAUUAGAGUUAGCUCUGUUGUCCCCAAAUUUUGCCUGAUUAUAUAGUUUGUCACUGCCAACAAAAAAACACGCGAGAUCCGGAGAACGGCCGGACAAAAAACGUUCGUUGGCCGUAUCAAUCUGUCGGGAAAAUAAUGUGGAUAUGUCGAAGAAAAUGUCUAGCCUCCUACAGCGAUGAUGGGCGGUUCCAACGCAAAACGAAUCCACAUUAUUUUACCGACAGACUGAUAUUUUACUAAACUUCACACAGAAUGAUUUUUUGUCGAAAAAUUGCCCUCUGGUUCCCUCUAGAGAAGCAGCUUCGAUUUUGUUAAAAAGGAGCCCGAACUCUCGGUUGUUCCUGCCAAGCGCGAGCUACAAACCUCGCAUAUUACACUCCAAAAUACAUGUAUUUUAACCAAAAGAUCCAGACCUUCUUUACCACCGAAAUUCCCCAAUUUCAGACGGUCGAUUUGCACGGUGGGAUUCUCUACAUGUUCCCCGCAAACCCCUACUUCCCCACGAACAUAAUCAGCGCUCGUUGGGCCUCCUCCUUCUGGAUUUUCGCGCUUUAUAUGACAAUCAUGGCGUUGCCAAUGCAAUUUAUGUACCGCUAUGGCUUACUGUGCCGAGACAAGCCGUUUACGGCGAAACAUUUGGCCGGCACUUUUGGUUCCUCAUUGGUUUACCUUGCUAUUCAUUGCUACAUCUUCAAGUUCACCUUCAAGUCACCAUCGCCGUUUUAUACAAAGAUUUUGGCGGAGAAUCCCAUUUAUACGAACGAUAUGCCCUCUGAUUAUAUUGCUGGCGACGCGGUAGGAGGAUUUAUCGUACAAAAAUUAGACAUUUUUUUGAAAUUUGAGGCAAUUUUUAACUGUUUCAGCGAGAACUCAACGCAAUGUUUGUCCAUUUCGCUGAUUGUAAUCUUAUCAUUAUCGUUUGCUAUGGAGCUGUGUUUUGGUUUGGGUACCAGAUCUCGCAGACCCUCAAACGGACGAUGGGAUCGCUUUCGAAGCAGACCGCCGCCGCUCAAAAACAUAUCACAAGAAUCAUGGCGUUACAGGUGAGAGAUUUUUACUUUUUUUUUGGAAACUUUGCAUACAUGUCAGGCAUGGGUCUCAUAUCAAUUCCUGAAAAUCUUAGCUCGCGCUUUGCAUGUGCGGUUGAGAUAUUGCAGGCUCUUUACCGCCGAGACAGUACGCGAAACGCGGAGAGCGGGCAGGAAAAAGCAUUUUUUGAUCGUAUCUUUGUUAGUUUUGCAUGGAAAAGAAUGAUUUUUUGCUGUAUAAUUAUCCUCUACGGUAGAAAGAGGUACAAAAUUUUCAAAAAAAUUUGUUAAUUUUUCAGAAAAUUUACAAAAAAUUGUCACAUUCUUCCCAACUUUCGAUCCAAAAAUCUCGACGUUUUCUGCAAAGCGCGAGCUAGGAGCCUUGCAUAAGCCUCAUAAAAGCUGAGUCUAAAUUUGUGCCAUGUUUCAUCAAAAUCUGAGCAUCGCAAUUGGAGUGCUUCCCUUUUGAAUAUGCGUAUAAUAUUUAAUAUAAUACUAUAUUUAGUUGUUACAAGUUUGAUCAAAAAUUUUUUCAAUCCAAAUUUCACUACAAUUUCCUCUCCAUAAAAGUGCAAAUAUUAAACAUCUUAUUUGCCAGUUUAAGUAACCAAAGUUUCUCAAAAUUGUUUUUGCUGUGGGUGGGCUACAACAAAAACAAUUUUAAAUGCUGCACCCAACGUUCUCUCUAUGUUGUAAACUUUCAAAAAAUGUCAUCUGAUCCGUGGGCCUUUUACACCGUUAACCGGACACGUUGUAAAUUUACCACUUGUUUGAAAUGGCACAUGAAAAUAGGACCCACUUGGCGGAUAUGAUGCUGAUUUAUUAUAAGUGCAGUCUGGUGCGUAUAACAACCGUAAACGUAAACAUACGUCAAGACAAAAGUUUUGCCAUUUCGGCGGAGGCCAUAGCUCAGCUUCGGUAAAGAUACGAAGCUGGGAAAUGGCUCAAAACGGUUCGUAUGCUCUUAUUAGCAUUUCUUUUGCCUUCAAAAAUUUGCUUAUGCUUUCUCUAAAAUACAGGGUGUCAAAAAAUGCAACUCGUAUUUAUAUAGUAUGUUCAGCCAGUUUUAAGGUGGCUGUUUAAGGCUUUUGGUACGGCAGGUUUUCCUACACCGACCAAGUUAGAAAUCUUACACGGUCGUUUCUCUUCCCGAGACAGGUUUAAAAUCGGGGUCCUUAUGUUUGACACUCAAAACAAAGAUGAUAAUCAAUCGAUAUGUGCAUGAGAAUCAAAAGACUAGGACAGAAAAAAACGGAGAAUUUUAUGGUAUGAAAAAUAUUUUGCUGCACCUAAAAGUUUUCGCGGCAGGACCCAUGAAAAAAAGUUGCAUUUUUUAUUUGUCACUAGAGGUGGCAAUCGGGCUGGGCCGGCCCGGCCCGGCCCGGCCGGGCCCGGUGAUUGGGCCGGGCCGGGCCGGGCCUGAGCAGAUUUGAAAAAGCCCUGGGCCGGCCUGAUCGCUUCGGCCCGCGGGCCGGGCCGACACUUUCGGCCCGGCCCGGCCCGGAAGGUAGAUAAGUAAAAAAAUUUUAACGCUAAACCGGCAAAAUAAAGUACAAAUGCUUUGUAGAAUGGAUGGAAAUUAGAUUAAACCUUUUUUGACUUAUACGCUGUUUUACUACCCUUUAAAAUUAUGUAUGUGUAACUUAUUAUGCAUAUGUAAAAUCCCACCCAAAUAUGUAAGGGUCGGGCAAAAGUUUAUGAUAAAUUUAAAAAUUUCACUGUAAUUUUGAAUCCUCGAUGUAAAUAAAAGUGUUUAACCAGUUUUUGGUUAACCACGUCCAUAAUUUUAUAUAGCUAACUUCCUAUAGGAUUAAAAAAUUCAACACAAUCCAACUUUUUGGCUAGAUUUUAGCUACCUGUACGGAUGUUCCAGUCAUCCGACUAGGCUUUUUAAUCUCACGUAGACACACGUAAAAACCUUCUGGAAAGCAUAAGAACUUCCAGUAGAAAGUGCAAAGACUUUUAUCCAACUUUUCUGUAUUAGCGGGCCAAACCGGGCCGGGCCGGGCCGGCCUGGGCUUUCACCGGGCCGGGCCGGGCCUGAGCAAAUUUGAAAAAGCCCUGGGCCGGCCUGGUCAAUUCGGCCCGCGGGCCGGGCCGCAAAAAUCGGCCCGGCCCGGCCCGAUUGCCACCUCUAUUUGUCACCCUGUAAGACUGUCGCUGGAAAGUGUGAACCAAAGUUUUCAGGGGAUAUUUUGUAGCUCGCUCUAUUUGAGAGGUCAUGAAACAUUUUGAGAAAGCUUUUUUACCCUAGCUGAACAUUAUUUUCUUUUUUUUCGUGUAAAAUACGUUCAAAAAGACUUGCUUCAAUAUCACAAAAAUGCCUUCAAAAUUUUUUUUUCAGCAUCUUUAAUUUUUUCUUCUAAAUCUCUUUUUCUUUCCAGGCCUUGUACCCGCUGAUCUCUCUCGUCAUCCCCACCGGCGCCAUCGCUCUCUACCCCCUUAUCGCGUCACCAAGGCAGAUGAUUCAACUAGGAUUUUUUGGAUGCAUCUCCAUGAAUUUAAUCCCUAUUUUAAAUCCAUUAUCAGUACUACUUGUGAUCCCAAUGUAUCGAGCGGCAAUAAUUGAAUUUAUCACAACUGGAAAGUGCAAUGUAAAAGUCGGGACGACCACCAGUACAAUGCCGAGUAAAGUCUCAAGCCAAGUUUUUUAAUAAUAAACAAAUGAUAUCAGAAUAUUUACCACCAGCUAUAAUAUUUAUCGCAUAUGAUUUCCAUGAUUUGAAUGUGUGAAAUAUUUAAUAAAAUAGAAUAUUUGUAAUUCCCGAAAAAUCCAAUAAAUGAUGUGACACUACGCAACAAUCAAUAAAUCUCUUUUUUUACGCAACAAACACAGAAAAAAUUUUUGAUAAAGAAGUUUUUUCCUAGACAGACAAAAAGAAUGUGCGGUUUGUACGUUUUUCCGUUUAUUCUUGCAUAUUUCAGCUAAUUUGAGAUGAUUUUUUGGCUUCGUGGAAAUUGGACAGGUUUUUUUCAAUGCAAAAAAUAAUUAUUUAAUGAUUCAAUAGUGAAAUUUCGUACGAUUGCAGCGAAAAAAAUCUGUCCAAUUUCCACACUCCGUCCAAUUUAUUUCUGUCCAAUAUCACUCUGUCCAUUUUCCACGGAGCCGAUUUUUUGUCACAGAACGACUUUUUUCAGCAAGCCAUGGUGCAGAUCCGCCAGGCCUUGCCCAACCUUGAGGACGCCGGUUAUAUCAUGGGAUUAGUCCGAGAGCUGGCUGAAUUCGAAAAAAUGCCGGACCACGUCAAAAUCGAUGAGAAAACGAUGGCCGCGGACUUGGAGAGGGACGCGGUCAGGGUGAAGCUGGCAUUUGUUAAUGGGAAAAUUGCUGGAAUGGCACUUUAUUUCUAUAUAUACUCGUCAUGGGAGGGGCAGGUAAUAAGCACUAUUCUUGGUGAAAGUUAACUCCCGAGAUUGCCACAGCCAAAUAAAAAAAAAUUUUGGCUCCGGCUCUUAGCUCCCAGAGCCGGAGUUGUAGCCACAUUUGCGGCUCCGGCAACCGUGCAAAAUUUAAAUGUUUCGGUUGGUUUUUUUACUUUAUAAAUGCGUGCUAUGCCUUCGUGGCUUUGUUAGAAAACAAUGGCACGAUCUUGAUGACAUGUGUUUUUUGAGCCAAUUCAUACGCACAAACUUUUUCAAGUAACUGGUUUAACAAGAUCACGAAAUUUUUACUUUUCUGAACGCUGAGAAGCCUGGCUCAGACUUUGGGCUCGGGAGCCGGAGCCAAGAGCCGGCUCCGGAGUCGUGGCUCUCUGGAUUGACAUCUCAAGAAAUCUCCUUUUACUUUUUUCACCAAUCUUUUCUGCAUUCAAAAUUACAAGUUAAUUUUCAGUCAAUCCACAUGGAAGACCUUUACAUAAAAAACGAGUUUCGACGGCAAGGUCUGGCUCGACUGCUGGUAAAAGAGCUGGCCAAAGAGGCCUCCGAAAAGAAGAUGCCAAGGAUCAAUUGGACGGUCUUGGACUGGAACACAAAUGCUAGAAAUUUCUAUCAUAAAGUAAGAAAAGCUAUAAAUCAUCAUAUUGAUUCCCAUUGGCCUUUUAAUGAAAAGUUUUUUAAGAUUGGCGCUGUUAACCUGACGGAAAAAGAAGGUUGGUUGGGAUAUCGGCUAACUUCAGAUGGAAUAAAGGCCUUAGCGACAGAAUCAUAA